GAAGCUAUUGAAACUGUAGAAAAGCUUUUCAAAAAAUUUACCAAUGCAUUAAUAUCCGAUGAUGUUGAUAAAGAGGGAAUUACUGGUAGAUAUAAUAUUGAAGGACAUGUGAACUUUUGGAUAACCAGAUUUUAUGAGGCGAUGAUAUGUAAGAGUAAUAGUUCCAAGUUCUUCACCUCUCCUUCUUUAAACCAAUGUCGCGUAGGUGAAAAAAUAUCAGCGGAUGAAUAUGAUGAAUU